GGGACAGAGAUUGUAUAAUCUAGAGUAGAGAAAUAUAUAGAUGUGAAUCGAUAUUUUACAAGCCAUUUUACUGUCAAUACUCAUAAAGAGCCCGUAAAUUAACAGGUUAAAUGCUAUCAGUCAGUAAAUUAACGGGCUAUUUCACCAUCUUUGUCACUGAGUGCCUCUCUAUUUUUCCAUCCAUGACGCUGGCAAUCAUCAAAGAGUUGUUAUAUAUUUUAUUCACUCUGUCAAAACAUUGGGUUUGUUUGUGAAGUACACAAUAAUAACAUUGACCUCAAUUAUUUAUUUGGGUAGUUGAAUAAAAUAUUUUAGUGAACUACAAAAGUUUAAUAUUAUUUUACAAUUAUGUUGAAAUUAUUCAACUUGUUACAUUUCAUACAUCAAUUGUAUCAAACUUGAUUCAUUUUUGAGUAAUUGAAAAUUACUAGACUUCAAAAUUUUAAGUCAUAAAAAGUAAUUCUAAUAAAAAGAUGCAAAAUAAUUUACCUUUAACACCUAUUCAAUUGGAUGUGUCAACAGCUAUAAGGCUUACCAAAAAUGAAGGAAUGUUUAAAGAACGAUCAUUGAUGGCCAGAAAUGAUGCUUGGCAUCGAAUCAAAAUUCUGCGUGGAGCUAAAUAUGAUAAAGAAUUUGUAUUACAAGCCAUAUUAACAGCAGCAGAACCAGCUGACUUAAUUCCUGUACGAUAUCAACCCAUAGGCUUGGAAGAUACAUGCUUCAUAGCACGUAAUUGUGGCCCUGCUUUAGAAAAAUUGUGUAAAAAUAAUCUAAUAAUUAAAAUACCAAAAAGUGAUCCACUCAUUCUUGUUAUAACUUUGGCAUUUGCUUCUAUUCAAGACUUAAAAGUUAGUAUACAACCAUUGCUAUUAGCAUCAUUGACUAAAAGAUUUAAUCAAAAUAAUAAAACUCUGGAUUUAAACAAUUUCCAUCGUGAUGGAGACAUUGCCAAUCACGUUUAUUGUCCUUUAUCACAAACAAGAACAUUCAGUCAUGUUCUUAAACUUACCAAAACUGCUUUAGCUUCAUUCGAACAUUUAAAUUUACAAAACAACCAGCUUUCAUCUUUGACAGCAUUAGAAAACUCAAAUUUGUCAAACAUCAAGAGCUUGGAUUUAAGAAAUAAUAAUUUGAUUGGUAUGGAAGCUUUAACACCAAUUCGAGAAUUAACAAUUACAGAACUUUGGCUUGAUGGUAAUCCUCUUUGUGAAAAUUAUUCUAGUGCAAAGCAAUAUACUGAAUCAGCUAAAAAGUAUUGUCCACAUUUGAAGAAACUUGAUGGAAUUGAACUAGAUGAUCCAGAUAUACCAUUGAUGAUUCAUAAUUUUUGGUUGAAUUCAAAUGCUGAGAAAUUAGUGAAACAGUUUGCAGAACAUUUUUUUACUAUCUAUGAUCAAAGGGAUAGAGCAGUAUUAAAGAGACUUUAUCAUGAUACAGCUGUUUAUUCAUUAACAGUAACAAAGAAAAUUAAUAAAUCAAAUUACAAGACGCCAGGGUUUUACACCACUGAAAGUCGAAAUUUAUUAAAUAUUUCAAAUUCAAUUAAAUAUAGUUUAUUACAUAGUGGUCCAGAUAAAAUUCUAAGUGUAUUUAAAAAAUUGCCUCGAUGUCUUCAUGAUCGAACGACGUUUCAAUAUGAUGUUGCCUAUCAAAAUGACAGUGUAACAGUUUUUUCAAUUAAUGGGUUUUUUAAGUAUAUUCACGGAGAAUCACAAUUAUAUUCUUUUAAUAGAACUUUUGUUAUAAUUUCUUUACCAGAUAAUGAAUAUAAAAUUAUCAAUGAUCAAUACCAUAUAGAUAUUAAUAGUGUUAAGAUAAUGCUGUCAAAUUUUGAAGAAAAACUUGAAACAUUUUUUGAACUAAGUUUAAGUUAUCAAGAGAAAAAAAGAAUGAUAUCAACACUUGUAAAUAUAACAACCUUAAAUGAAGAAUGGUCUCAAAAAUUUUUAGAAGAAGUUAAUUGGGAUUUAAAACGAGCCAUACUUAAUUUUAUACAUAUUUAUACAACUACACGUGUACCUAAUGAAGCAUUUUCUUAAUUUUUUAUCAUUGUAAUUAAAAAU